AACACGCAUUAGAUCCCUAAAUCACCAAUGGUACGUCUGAUGAUUUAGUCUGAUUUCAAACCUCAUCGUGGAUUCAACCCUAAACACGCAUCAGAUACCUAAAUCACCGUCUUCGCGGAUUCAACCCUAAAUCACCAUCAUCAUCUGAUUUCAAACCAGUGAUUAUCCUUUCUAAUUCUUCCUGUUUUCACCACUAAUUUGCCUACACCUUCAGCAUCAGAUCCCUCUGUUUGAUAGGUACCAGAAACAAUGAGUUUUUUUAAUGUUAUUGUUAGCAAAUAUUGUUGGGUUUCUGUGCUUUUAUAGGUUGUAAUGAUGCGUUAAUUGUUGGGUUUCUGUGCUGUUUGGUAGGGGGUGUUGAACGAAUGCCUACCAGGUGUUUUAUGAAAUGCUUGAGUGAGUGUGAAACACAUAAUGGUCCAAACUUUUCACCCGUUUAAAUUACCAACAGUUAAACCAUUUGUUUUUCAAUCUUAGAUACAUAAUCAAUGGGUUUGUUUUCAUUCAAACAAACGACUUGUUUUCAAGUUUGAGGGAUUUUGUUUUGUGUUAUAGACUAAUUGCUAUAUAAAUUUUUGAUGGAAAAAAGGUUUGCAGGAACAUAAGUAUUACUAGUUACCCUCUUUUUGUUGUGCCUUUAGUUUUUGUUUGUUUAGACAUUGAGGUUAAGAUUUGUUCCUUUGUUCUGCAAGUUAAACAAAACUGGAAUGUACUUGAUUGGAACAUGUUUCUGGGUUCUGUUUGUACGGUUGCUGGAUUGAACUAAGUUGAGUACUGUUUCUUGAAUUGGUCGCGCAACGAGAAGUUAUGUCCUGUUGAUCUUGAAACUCUAGGCAGUGUUUGAACUGAACUAAGCUUUAUUAGGCUUCUGUUAUUUGAUCCGAUAUCUAUUUAUAUGGUUAUAUGCAAUUGGUAGUACUGGCGUUGAUAAAUUAUAUGGUUUUUUUCCGGACAUUAGCGUUGUUGUACACUGUUUUAUCCAAAUUAUAUGAUAAAUUAUAUGGAUUUGGCUGUUGAUAAAAGACUGUAACUUGACAGUUUGUAUUGGUGACAAAAACGACCAAUAUUAAACAUAGUUCCGGUUGAUUAUUAUGUAUCAAGAUAUGAUCUUUAUUUGACUGAACCUUUUUUUAAUUUUUUUUUAAUUUUUUGAUUUUUUUUUAAUUUUUUUAUUUUUUAAUUUUUUUUUAUUUUUUUAUUUUUUUUGAUUAUUUAUUUAUUUAUUUAUAUUUUUAGCCUAAUGUCCAAAUCCAUCUUAACAAAAACCCAUCUUGACCUAAACCCAUCCUAACCCAUUUCUUAAUAAACCCAUUCUAACCCAAACCCAUCCUAACCCAUACCCAUCCUAACCCAUUACCCAAACCUACCCAACCCACCCAUUUUGCCACCCUUAGAAAUACCCAUAUCAUUUUUUUACGAAAUUUUGAAUCUUGAAGGAUUCUCUACUUCAAGUUUGUUAUGAUUAUGGUAUGAUCUUGAUAGGGGUGUAAAGAGAAGCAUGGUUAAUUCAGAGACACCGCGUAAACGAGUUGCAUUCGUGUUAAUCGACGGGUUGGGGGAUGUUUCGAUUCCAAGAUUUGGAUACAAAACUCCUUUAGAAGCUGCCAAAGUGCCGAAUUUGGACGCGAUUGCUUCUGCUGGAGUUAACGGUCUUAUGGACCCGGUUGAAGUAGGGUUGGGCUGCGGUAGCGACACUGCGCAUCUGUCUCUGUUGGGUUAUGACCCGCGGGUUUAUUACCGUGGUAGAGGCGCGUUUGAAUCGAUAGGUGCUGGAUUGGCGAUGGCUCCGGGGGACAUCGCUUUUAAAUCAAACUUUGCAACUUUCGAUGAGAAAACCGGAGUGGUUACCAGCAGACGGGCCGAUCGACACUUUGAAGAAGAAGGGCCCGUCUUGUGUGCAGCACUUGAUAAAAUGAAGCUGCCAUCGUAUCCCGAGUAUGAAGUCAGAGUCAGGUAUGCAACUGAACACAGAUGCGGAGUUGUCGUAAAAGGACCUAAACUAAGCGGAAACAUAUCGGGAACCGACCCGCUAAAGGAUAAUCGUUUGCUUCUAGAAGCAAAGCCUCUCGACAAUACAGAAGAAGCCAAACACACUGCAAACGUCGUCAACGAAUUAUCCAAAGAAAUUUCUAAAAUUUUGGUCGCUCAUCCUCUCAACCAAAAACGUGCCACCGAAGGCAAAAACAUCGCCAAUAUCGUCCUUUUACGAGGCUGCGGUAUUAGAAUCGAGGUUCCGGCGUUUGAGAAGAACCAUGGGCUACGACCCUGCAUGGUGGCCCCCACAAAGAUCAUAGCUGGCCUCGGUUUGUCUCUCGGGAUUGAUAUUCUAGAAGCUCCCGGAGCCACCGGAGAUUAUCGAACGUUAUUGACAUCUAAAGCGACUGCAAUCGCAAACGCGUUAUCGGCUCCUGUGCGGGCUUGCCCUAACGUUUUUGUACCGGGAGAAGACGAGCACAAACCCGGUGUUUCCGAUGGCUAUGAUUUUGGUUUUCUCCAUAUAAAGGCAAUAGACGAUGCGGGUCAUGAUAAAGCAACUGUUUUUAAAGUCAAAGGGUUGGAAGCGGUUGACAAAGCUAUCGGGCAGCUUGCAAGACUUCUUUGGGAGGCAGAGUCAGCCGGUCAAUUCCAGUUUUUCCUAUGUGUCACCGGGGACCACUCUACGCCGGUUGAAUACGGGGACCAUAGCUUUGAGCCUGUCCCGUUUACGUUAUGUCGGUUGAAAGACUAUGUGGGUGCGGUUGGUGGUGAAACGGUAGUUUUACAAACUUCUCUUGAUACGUUUCCUCUGCCAACUGUUGAAGCCGGUGACGACUUGUCGGAUUAUGUGGCCGCAGGAGAGGAAAUAAGUCAACCGGGUCGAGCGUUUUCGGGUGAUUCGGUUUGGAGGUUGGAUGAAAUAGCUGCGGCACGAGGUUCUCUUGGGCGGUUUCCCGGGAGUGAGAUGAUGGGAAUUAUAAAGAAGUUUAUUCAACUUGAAUUAUGAAACUGCUUAGGUUCGGAUGAUCCUCGGAAGACAUAACUAAAACGACCUUCUUUUUGUUUUUUUACUGUGUGGUUGCAGUUUCCUUGACGCUGCGAGGAACUUAGAAACGGUAAAAAGGCGUGUUACUGGUUCGGGUUGCGGUUAAAAUCUGCUUUUCAGAAGCUAUGUGCUGGAAAUAAGAACUGUGUGUAAGAAAUAUGAUUUUAAUUAGAAUAUGCCAACUUUGAGUGAUCUUUUCUGAAUUUUUUUCUUUUUUUAAUAUGUUAAAACUAUGGCGUCUUUUCCCGU